AUUCUUGGCUAAUCAGACCAGAUUCCCCCCCGCCGUGACCCCGGCUGGGGGGGGUCAGGAGCCGUGGGGGAGGGGCGCUGUGGGAGGCACCCCCGUAUCCCCCUCAUUCCCUCCCCCCGCCCCCACAUGCUAAUGAGGCGGCUUCCCAUUGGCCAGCGGCUAAUGAGAUGCGGGUGAGCUCAGCGCCCGGGGUUCUUUAAAUGGGACCCCGGCGUCCGGGACUCCGCUGCGGCUCAGGGCAGGUCCCGUACGCCGGGGUUCCCCAGGGCGGCCCCUGGCGGCGGAGCGUGGCGCUGACAGGUCUCAUGCCCCACGACGCUGUCCCACCCAGGAUGUCGGUGCCCCUAGCCGAGCUCCCCACCAGCCCCCUGGCCCUGGAAUAUCUCAACGAUUUUGACCUGCUGAAGUUUGAGGUCAAGCGUGAGCUGACCGGCCCAAUGGGCGGGGCCUCCCUGGGCCCCUCUCCCUGCAGCUCGGUGCCGCCGUCCCCCACGCUGAGCGAAGUGGGGAUGGGGGAUGGAGGGGACCCCAAGGCAGGGCUGGAGGAGCUCUGCUGGCUAGCAGCGCUGCACCAGCAGAUGGCGGGGGGCGGGGAGGGGCUGGGGCUGAGCCCGGAGGAGGCAGUGGAGGCCCUGCUGGGGGGGGCGGCCGAGGGGGGGUUCUGCCCCGGGGGGCUACUCCAACCGCAACAGCAGCUCCCGCCCCUCCGCGACCGGCUCUCGGACGAGCAACUGGUGGGCAUGUCGGUGCGGGAGCUGAACCGGCGGCUGCGGGGCGUCGGCAAGGACGAGGUGCUGCGGCUGAAGCAGAAGCGGCGCACGUUGAAGAACCGCGGCUACGCCCAGUCCUGCCGCUUCAAGCGGGUCCAGCAGCGCCACGUGCUGGAGGCGGAGAAAUCCCGGCUGGCCCGCGAGCUGGAGGCCCUGCGGGGGGAGCUGGCCCGGCUCGCCCGCGAGCGCGACCUCUACAAGGCCCACUGCGAGAAGCUGCUGCCCCAGCCCCCCUCGCCCUCCCAGUGCUUCCUCUGAGCCGCCCCCCGGGCGUGGGGCACGGACCCUGGGGGGGCGGCCAGCAGGGGCGCUGCUCUGCAGAGGACUCGGGGGUGUCUUUCCGCCUGUGGCCAGCAGGGGGCGCUGCUCUGCGGAGGACUGGGGGUGUCUUUCCGCCUGUGGCCAGCAGGGGGCGCUGCUCUGCGGAGGACUGGGGGUGUCUUUCCGCCUGUGGCCAGCAGGGGGAGCCCACGGGCUCAAUGACGUCUCCACAGUCCCAGCGGUGUUACCCCCUUUUGCCACCAGGGGGAGUGUGACUGGGACUUCUGGGGGGAGCAGGGGAUUGUGGGGGUGACUCUGGGGUUCUCCCUUCCUGCCUCCCGAGGGGAGCAAGUUGUAGGGGAAGGGAAUUUUUUUGAGAGCCGGAUCAACGUUUGUGUGGAUUGUGAUGGGGGGUGGUAGGUGGGGGGACCCUCCCUCUGACAAUGGGAGUCUGGGGGGGGGGCUGGACUCACCUGUUGCAUGCCGGCUAUACCCACCGAUGCUGCACCUUAAAAAGCAGCACCAGCAGCCAAGCACCCUGUGCAC